GCGCUGAUGUCGCACAUGUGGGGAAGUAGUAAUCGCAUGCUUCCGAAAGAUAAGAUUAUUAAAUAAGUAACUGCAUUUUUAGGAAUGAAGACAAAAUACAAUGCUAGCAAGAAAAUUUGCUUAUAGUUUGAUUAAUUGGAAUGUAAGAAAUAUGAGUUUAUUAUCUGUGAUUUCUACAAAACCAUUGAAUUUUAUCGAUGGGAAGAGAAAUGAUCCGACCGAUUUUCACAAUGAAAUUCCAGUGAAAUAUCCUGCAACAGACGAAACUAUUCAUAAAUUAAAAUGUUCUAAUCAAAAAGAGGUAGAAAGAGCAGUAAAAUCUGCAAAUGCUGCAUUUUUAAACUGGUCAAAGUUCAGUUAUCAACAAAGAGGUCAACUACUAAAAUCCGCAGCACAGAAAAUUAGAGAAAAUCUGGAAACAAUUGCUCAGAUGGAAGUUAUAGAUACAGGAAAACCUAUAUGGGAAGCUAGAGUAGACAUUGCAGGUUGUGCUGACGUCAUAGACUAUUAUGGUGGUCUGGCACCAACAAUCAAAGGUUAUCAUCAUCAGUUGCCUGGUGGAAGUUUUGCAAUGGUCACUCAUGAACCUCUGGGUGUUGUAGCUGGGAUAGGUGCUUGGAAUUAUCCAUUUCAAGUAAUGUCUUGGAAGUUAGCACCAGCUUUAGUGUGUGGCAAUACAUUUGUUUAUAAACCUUCCCAGUUAACUCCUCUAACUUCUGUAGUUUUAGCAGAAAUCAUGGCCGAAGUAGGCAUCCCUGAUGGUGUUGUUAAUGUUAUACAGGGUGAUGGUGAGACAGGAAAUAUUCUCUGUCACCAUCCUUUAGUGUCAAAAGUUACUUUCACGGGUAGUAUCUCUACUGGACAAAAAAUUAUGAAAGCUUGUGCAGAAGGAAUAAAAAAAGUGACACUUGAAUUGGGUGGAAAGUCACCUCUUAUUGUGUUUCGUUCUUGUGAUAUUAAAGAAGCUGUGAAAGCAACUUUACUUGGCAAUUUUCUAACCCAAGGUGAAGUAUGUUCAAACUGCACCCGUGUAUUCGUAGAAAAAUCCAUAUCCAAAGAAUUUAUUGAUGAGUUGUUAAAUUCAACAAAAAAUAUGAUCAUUGGUGAUCCAACAGAUGAAAAAACAACAGUAGGAGCCAUGAUAUCAGAAGAACAUGGGGAAAAAGUUUUAAAAUAUAUUGAAACUGCUAAAAACGAGGGUGCACAUGUGUUGUGUGGUGGAGAAAGGAUAAUUUUUGAAAAUUCGCCACUGUCUAAAGGAUUUUUCAUAACUCCAUGCAUAUUGAUAGACUGUCGAGAUGAUAUGACAGUCGUAAAAGAAGAGAUAUUUGGUCCAGUAGUGUCAGUUUUAACAUUUGAGACUGAAGAGGAGGCUCUUCUUAGAGCCAAUUCUACUCCCUAUGGGCUUGCAGCAGGUGUCAUGUCAAAGGAUAUCAAGCAAGCCCAUAGAGUAGCUUCAAGUAUACAGGCCGGUAUCGUGUGGAUAAACAAUUACAACAUCUUUCCUCCUGAAAUACCUUUUGGCGGAUAUAAGAAAUCCGGUUUUGGUCGAGAAAACGGUCUAGCAGCCAUCAACGAUUUUUCCCAAUUGAAAAGCAUUUACGUAGAGAUGAAUGGCAUUGAUUGUCCAAUCUAUAAGGAGUAAAAUUGUGUAAUUUAAUAUAAAGAUUGUAAAUAUUUCAUUCCAAAUAUCAAAUGUUUUAUUUUUAAUUAUUAAAUUAAAGUUAAAUUAUACACAGAUUUAAAUUAAUGUAUAUUAUUGAAUAUGCU